GCGGGCCUCGCGCGCGGGGCGGUGGGAAAAGUGCCGAGUCCGUGUGUACGCCGUUGCCGUAACAACGGACAGCGGAGUCCAUCGGUGAUGGCUUCCAAUUUUAAGAAGUCAAACAUGGCAUCAAGUGCCCAGCGAAAAAGGAUGAGUCCUAAGCCAGAGCUUACUGAAGAUCAGAAACAGGAAAUCCGGGAAGCUUUUGAUCUCUUUGAUGCCGAUGGAACUGGAACCAUAGAUAUUAAGGAGCUAAAGGUGGCAAUGAGGGCCCUGGGUUUUGAACCCAAGAAAGAAGAAAUCAAGAAAAUGAUAAGCGAAAUUGACAAGGAAGGGACAGGAAAAAUGAACUUUAGUGACUUUUUGACUGUGAUGACUCAAAAAAUGUCUGAGAAAGAUACCAAAGAAGAAAUCCUGAAAGCUUUUAAGCUCUUCGAUGAUGAUGAAACUGGGAAGAUAUCAUUCAAAAAUCUGAAGCGUGUGGCCAAGGAGUUGGGUGAGAACCUGACUGAUGAGGAGCUGCAGGAAAUGAUUGAUGAAGCUGAUCGAGAUGGAGAUGGAGAGGUCAAUGAGCAAGAAUUCUUGCGCAUCAUGAAAAAGACCAGCCUCUAUUAACAUCAGUGUCUUCUUUGCUACUGCAAGCACAUGUGACUACAUUCAGUGCCUGCCAUUGUGUGAAAUCUGGCUUUUGAGAACACAAUCCUUCCCUCCCCAGACUUUUCUGUAUAACUGUAGCCAUGACCUUGAAUCUAUUUUAGUGUUUUGCAAGUGUUUUUUGAUAUUUAGGUCCUUUGUAAAAUGAUCUGCUGAUUAUUUUAAUUCUCCAAAGCAGAAGGAGAGAACAUUGGAACGGAGAAAAGGGUCUUAAAGACUUUACCUUGUAUUGCUUUACUUUUAUCAUGCCUUUCCACAUAUGCAAACACAGAGCAACUUCUUAGAUGAGCACAUGCACCCUGUUGACACAAGCAGUGGUUGCUUAUCAAUGGUUUGGGUUUUUAGUUGGUACCUGAGUGCACUUUUGUCUUUUAUAAAACCUAGUAAACUCUUGCUCUGGCAUUUGGAUGUGUUCUAUUGCUGUUUGUUUUGUCUUAAAAGUGAAAACUUUCUUAGUUCGAGUUUUUGAUAUCUCUUAAGUAUGAGUUCUUUAGCCUUGACUUUGAGAUCAUCUUCUAAACAAUUGUUCUGUAGGCAGCCUAAUAGAUAUAAAACUUCUCAGCCUAUGGACAAAAAUGAAGUAAUCCUUUGCUACUUUUCUGUCACAAAUUGUUUCAUGCUUUGGGAACCGUGGGUUUGUAAAACUAGUAGAAUUUCUGCUUCACCCAAGCCUAAAUGUUGCCCCCCAAAUACUUCUCUGAGAAAAUGUGAAGGCUGGUCCAACCGUAGGAUUCAGGUAAUCUUGUGAGUGUGUUUACUUACAGUGUCUCAUAGACUCUUGGUAUUGAGUUGGAAAGGAAAGGAACUUUGUCUAGUUGCGUUCCAGUCACUAUACAUGAUUACCUGCAAGGGAAGCCCUGGUAGAUGGCAUUAAAGUCUGCUCCAGGGUGAGGGUGGGGAGCAGAAAGGAGCGAGGGGGAGUGGAAAAUGAACGAUGAAGAUGGAAUGCUCAU